CCCCAUUUUUCCCCUGCACCUCCCCGCCCGCUCCCCAGACUGGUCGUGCGCCUGCGCGCUGAGCCCUUUGGAGCCCGGCUGGGGUUUCACGUGCUGCUUUUGGAAGGUGAACGCGCGCUGCCCAGCCGCCACUUGACGUGUUUUAGGGGCCCUGGCUCGGACCGACACCCGUCCCUGUGCUCGCGCGGCCAGGAGGCGGCCGGUCUGCGGGUCUUAGGCCCCGGACGGUGAGCAGCUGUUCCUGCCCCGCAGCUCCCGGUGGCGGGCUCCCGCCUGUGCCUGUACGAGGACGGCACGGAGGUGACGGAAGACUGCUUCCCGGGCCUCCCGGACGACGCCGAGCUCCUGCUGCUCACCGCGGGCCAGACGUGGCAGGGCUGGCAGCAUGAAUGUGUUUCCGUCUGUUCCCCCCAAUGGUGACAGAUGUGAGUGACAUCAGUCGCUUCCUCAGCGUGUUUCAUGAGCCACACUCCGGGGUCGUCCAGGCGGCAAGGAAGCUGCUGUCAGAUGAGCAGUCCCCACUGAGGCAGAAGUUGCUGAGUGACCUUCUGCACCACGUCAGCCAGAACAUUGCUGCUGAGACGCGGGAGCAGGACCCAUCCUGGUUUGAAGCCAAGGCUCUGGCCCCAUGGCGCAGCACCUCUGUUCCACUUUCCUUCUCUCGAAAUGGGACAGCUCCACGUGUCUUGCCAUGUGGCGUCUCAUUUUGGUUUGCUUGGCACCUGGGCAGGGCAGGGCAGAAACCGAGAGGCCGUGGUCCGCCUGAGGGCUCCACGGGGCCGUCUUCUUGCAGGCUUGGAGCCUCGAUUCAGGAAUAAGUCUGGCUACCUGAGAUACAGCUGCGAGAGCCGAAUCCGGAGUUACCUGAGAGAGGUCAGUGCUUACACCUCCAUGGUAGAUGCAGAGGCUCAAGAGGACUACUCGAGGAUCCUCCGCUCCAUGUGCCAGAAGCUCAGGUCUGUGCACUACAACGGCAGCUACUUCGACAGAGGAGCAGAGGCUGGCGGCCGUCUCUGUACAACGGAAGGCUGGUUCUCCUGUCAGGACAGUAGCGAGAGACCUCGUUCCAGACCCUGUCCUUGGCCACUGCAGGGCCCGUUUGACCUGGAUAGCUGCUCCUCCAAGCAUUCCAUCAACCCCUAUGGCAACAGGGAGAGCCGGAUCCUCUUCAGCACGUGGAACCUGGAUCAUAUAAUAGAGAAAAAGCGUACCAUUGUGCCGACCCUGGCCGAAGCCGUCCAGGAGCAGGCCGGAAGAGAGGUGGACUGGGAGUACUUCUACAGCCUGCUGUUCACCUCGCAGAACCUGAAAUUGGUGCACAUAGCCUGUCACAAGAAGACCACGCACAAACUCCAGUGUGACCGCAGCAGGAUCUACAGAGCCCGGACAGGACCCGGGAAGCAUCCGCCUGCUCGGAAGCGCCGGUGAUGCCUGCCGUGGAGAGGCCCCAGUGCCGUGGUAACGGGCUGUUCUUUGUCACUCGAGUUUCUGAAAAAAGCUUUAAAACUUUCCCAUAGGUGUGAUUCCAGCAUACUCUGGAGGACAGCACCAGGCGCUUGCCGGACGCAUACCUGCAGGUUCUGGAGUCUUCCUGCUCUGCCUUGCUGGCACUGUGCUUCUGUGGCAGGGCCUCUGUGCCUGUGACCCAGGGUGGAACGUGGCCACCGGGGUGUGAGGGAUAUUGAUUUAUGCCUUGGCUCCCUGUUGAUCUCCAUGGCAGCUCUAUCAACUCUUCAAAAACUGGUGCUUCUGGGGUGAAAUGCUUGUAGUUCCUAACGCGAAAGGCUUGCUACUGAAUUGUUUAAAACUGCAGAGUGGUGAUCUUCCAAAUGCCUCUCAGUGGGAACAGUAGGCUGUGGCACUAUGUGGAGCCAAGAGAAACUACUGUUUUUAGUAGUUUUAUAGUAGUUUUAAGAUGGUGGCUGUCCUUUUCAUAACACAUGCCUUACAUGUAGACAUGCAGUUAUUGCAUGAGCCGUUGUGAGUUAGGCAUUCUGGUACAGAAAUGGGAACUAUUGAACAUACAGUAGCUCAGCUAUACAAUGUACAGUGCCUUGGGCUGUCUGUGGGUUUUGACGUGGAGUCCUGCUUUGUAGCCCAGGCAGGCCUUAAACUCAGGAUCCUUCUGCCUUAUUCUCCCAAGUCGGAAUGACAGGUGUGCAGCCAUGCCAUGCUUGGCUUUUGGUUUGGUGAAUGUGUUGGCUUGGGCACAGUCUGAGGAGACACCAAAUUGAACACAGUGAUCUGGGGGGACCCAGCAGGGUGGGAUUGGGUCUCCCAAUACUAAUGUCCUAUAUCGUGUAUUUUAUUAAUACUUGAUUCUUUUGGAUAAGCAUUUUGUAACAUUUCAUGUUUUUUAAGGUCAUAUAUUUUAUAAUAUUUGGAUUUUUACAUUUACCAUGUAAUCAGGAAAAGCAAUAAAGUUCUAAAAUA